AUGAGCGCCGCCUACAUUAUACCUUUGGAUGAAAUGGACUUAGGUCUCUUACCAAAUACUUACUCUCCAAAGAGAAAUAUGCCGCUGUGGAGCUUAAACAAUGAACAAUGUGAAUUUCGUAUUUCCUAUAAUCCAUUGGAAGAUCAGACUGAUAAAGAUGCCUCAACAAACAAACAGGACCUAAAAACGACUAUGUGUCACAUUUGCAAGAUUGAUGUCCCGGUGAAAUAUCUCAAAGAACACAGAGAUGGUGUUAAACAUAAAACAUAUUUAAAAAUAGCUAACACAGCAUUGGAAAGGCUAAAAGAUGAAAUCAAUAAUAAUGUGUAUUCAGAAGAAAGAGACUCGUUGAAAUAUUUCUGUCCUCAUUGCACUACUGUUACAGAAGUAUGUGAUCGACAAAAACACGAUAAUUCCACAAAUCACAAGAACGCUGUCCUUAUUGACAGAUAUAUAACAAAUUUUCUUGAUUUUUAUACAAAUUCAACGGAUAACAUAAAAAAUACUUUGGAAUCUCAAGUUGCACUAUCAAAGCCAGCUGAUAAACUACUAAAUGCCAUACAAAACACGAAGCCAAUAGAUGUUCUGAAUAAUUUUGAUAUGGAAAAUUAUUUGAAUGUAUUGAAAUAUAAACACAAAAUGACCACUAAUAUAAAAGUGAUCAGUAAAGGAAGACUACUGAUAGAUAUAGAUGGAAGCAAACUAGAAAUUGACGAAGAUAAUUUUCAUGGUAUCUUAAACCGAGAGGGGGGUUGUGUUGAGUGCAUUGUUUGCAAAGAAAUUUUCAGAACUGAGAAUAAAUACAUACAUAUUCGAGGAUCAAAACAUGCUUAUAGAGUGACUAUGCCAAUUACAGGUAGCAACUGCUUAAGAGAGAUAUAUCCAUCGUGGUACCACUGCAUUCUUUGCAACACUAUCACUGAAAAUUACUCAACACACAUUGCCUUAGAUAGUAACCAUAACAAAAAUUUUGAAACUGCUUUCCAAUAUUUCAACUUCCAGGGAAAUAUCACAUCUUUAGACAAUCCCAAACCUAACAAUGAUCAUUUAAAUGACAACAAGUCUUUUGUUUUAAACAAAACUAGUAUAGAUGGCUCUGUUAUAUCUAAUGAUUCUACAGAAAACCAUACAUGCAAGUACUGUAAUAUCCAACUAAAAAAAAACAGCCAAAGGCAACAUUCCUUGACCUCAAGACAUAUAUGGAAUACCAAAUCUCCUUAUCAUUACUUAUACACAGUUAAUACAAGUACAUGUAGAGUUUGCGAUAUCGAUGACAACAAUGUUGAAAGUCAUGUGGACUCAGAAAAUCACAAACAAAAGUACAGAGAAUACUUAUCGGACAAUAGAUUAGUUUCCAUUGAUUUGGAUAAAUUCUUUUGCAUGGUCUGUUUUGAUGUGGUAAUGAUAAGAAACGAAUUACUACAUACAUAUAAACCAAAUCACAAGAAACAAAUGGAUAGUGUAAAAGAUGACGAGAACUAUUACUGUGCCAUAUGUGAUAAAUCUAUUAAAAAUGAUAAAAAUGGAAUAAAACUUCACAACGAAAGUAAGAAGCAUCGGAAAAACAUUGCAACAUUUAAAUAUAUAUAUGCAACUAUUACAGAAAUAUAUGAUACGCUUUUAUCAACUGAUAGCCAAGUAAAUUUGAAAUGUACGCUAUGCGACAUACUUGUUGCAAAUAAUAGAAAUAGUGUGGAAUCUCAUACGCAAAGCUGGAAACAUAUAGAAAAAUACAGAGAACUCCUGAAAGAUAAUAUUAUGGAGGUGAAAGAAAAUGCUAUAUGUUGUAAUGUAUGCUAUAUCUGUAUAACUAAUAAAGUAUGUGUCCAACAUUUGAGAGGUAAAAAACACAUCAAAAAACUUGGACUUCACAAUGAAAAAUUAAAUAAUACAAACAUUAUAAAAGAAACAAACACGAAUGAAUCAGAUGGAAAGAAUAAUGAAAACAGUAAUAAUAAUCCUGGCAUUAAUGCAAAUGGAAUAAAUGCCAUUACUACUGUAGAUGAGAUUAAUGAAAUAUAUAAUUCAGAGAUUAAUUUAAAUGAAACUAAUGACAUGAAAAUUAAUGUGAUAUCGACCAUAAGAAAUGAACCUGGCAUUAAUAUGAAUGAAUCUACAAUUAAUGAACCUGGGAGUAAUAUGAAUGAAGCCAUAAGAAAUGAACCUGGCACUAAUAUGAAUGAAGCUACAAUAAAUGAACCUGGGAGUAAUAUGAAUGAAGCCAUAAAAAAUGAACCUGGCACUAAUAUGAAAGAAGCUACAUUUAAUGAACCUGGGAGUAAUAUGAAUGAAGCCAUAAGAAAUGAACCUGGUGUAAACAUAGAAAAAAAUGAAGAAAACAAAGCGAACAUAAAUGAAAAUGUCAACAAAAUUAAUGAUUCUGAUGUGAAUGUAUUAGAUGAAAAAGUGAAAAAAUUUAUCAAAUUAUUUAAAACGACGGAAAAGAGUAAAGCAUGUAAGGAACGUUUGCAAUUAAAACGUGUGCCGCUGGAUACGUGGAAUAUAAGGGAACAGCUAUGUCUAGCGUCGGCGGUCUUUAGGAGCGGCGAUCAGAAUUGGAUGACUGUUUCUCGCGCUCUUAAAACGGUCGCAGAGUCGAACAGGCCACCGGAUUGGUAUUCGCAAAAAAGUUGCGCAGCUCAAUAUGGAGCUUUAUUGGAACAUGUUGAAACACCGAAACGAAAGAAAAGAAACUCGGAAGGCGGAGUGGAAACACCGCAGGAGAGCAUCUUGAAACAAUUAACGCAACAACGGAUACAGGAAAUACAGAAUACAUUAACGGAAAUGAACACACAGUAUGAACAGUUGAAGAACGAAAUCAACGAAGUCCGCAACAACUCGACCCCAGAUGAAAGGAUCCAGGAGUUGUGGGCUGGUAUAGAGAGCGCCAAGCGGGCGAGGGAGAGAGACAGCGCUAGGCGGGCCGCCUGGCUGAAAGAAAGAGAGGAGAGACGCGCCAGGGCCGAGAGGACGUGGAGGCCGCAGACCACGUCACCUGCUGGUGAGGCACGGCGGGUAGAGGGAGACAGGGAGAUAGAGUGUGCGACUAGCCCCGCGCCCCCGUCGUCUCCUCUGCUGACGUCACUCCUCAAGUCCUCGCCGGUGGUAACUACGCCACAACACAUACCACACCCGGCUAGUGUUGUCGAUACAGUAUCUCCUUCAGCGGGUGCCCCGACCCUCUCUCUGUUACUAGAGCUGCCUCAUGACAACAAACACGCGGCCAUCGAGCACAUCAAGAGUCAACUGGUGCAGAUAGAACACCAGUUGAAAGCUAAUUCCCAACCACCAGUUCAAAACGUCCCAGUUUCAUCGGUUCCAGCUGUAGAUAUAGACGACAUCGAAAUAAAAGCUGAAGAUGUUUACGCGUUCAGUGACAUAGACAUACAUAUACCGCCCGUGACUAGCAUGCACAAGGGGAAUGUACGGGUGCUUGAAAAAUCGAAAAAAGGAGUGGAAAUUGAGCCGGUGGAAAUUGAAAACACAGAAGUACCUGCUAUGGAGUAUAAGGAAGAAACACCAGUACAAGAGAGUCCAAAAGAAGAACCACAAACAGACACUCCAUUACCAGAAGAAACUCAACCGGAAGUGGUAGAAGAAAAGCAAGAGGAGCCGGAGAAAGAGGAAGUCAAGAUCAGUUUCCCGGAAGUCAAGUUCCCGACACCGGAAAUAAAAGUUAUACAAGAUGAACAGAAGAAGGAAGAGGUCAAAGAACCAGAAGUUAAUCCAGAAGAAAAAAUGGAAGAAGAUAUUACAGAAGAAUUACAAGAAAAACCUGCACAAAUACAAGAAGAAAAUGUUCAAGAAAGUAAUAAAGAAGAGACUACAAAUGAACCUACGAUUGAGCAAUCGGUUGAGCAACCGGUUGAACAAACAGUUGAGCAACCAGUCGAGCAACCGAUCGAGCAACCAGUUGAGCAACCGGUUGAGCAAUCAGUAACAGAAGAUAGUAUACAAGACCCACAAGAUAUACCAUUACCGCCCGAAAAUGUUAAACAGGAAGUGGAAGCUGUAGAAGAACCACCACAAGAACCGGUUCCAGAAGUACAAGAAGAAAAUAAAACAGAAGAUUUACCAGAAGAUAAAGAAGAUUUAAAGAAGGACGCAGAAGAUAUAAAGAAAGAAGAUGAUGAGGAUUCAAUACCGUUAAAGGAAAUGUUGAAAGAGGAGUUCCAGGAUGAAAUUAAAUCUGAAACUGUUGAAGAAGACACACACACAGAGACAGACGACGAUACUCCUAUGGAGUUGAGCAGAGAAGAAGAUAGGGACGGAAAGAAGAAAAGAGACUAUUCAAGGAAAAAGAAAUCUGAUUCACGGACCUGUUCAGGUUCUGAAAGCGCCCCGGAGUCUCCUUCAGCGAGCGACGCCGAGCGGCAACACAGGUUGUGGAGGAAGAGCGUCAUGUUGGUGUAUAGCAGGCUGUGCGCACACAAGUACGCCUCACUGUUCCUCAGACCGAUCACUGAUGAGGAAGCGCCCGGGUACAGCGUGGUGGUAAAGAGACCCAUGGACCUCACUACUAUACGGAGGAACAUAGACUCGGGGAACAUACGUACAACAGCUGAGUUCCAGCGAGACGUUCUCUUAAUGUUGUCCAACGCUCUCCUGUACAAUAGUAGCUCACACAGCGUGUACAGCAUGGCUAAAGAGAUGCACCAGGAGGAAAUAUUCAACAAGCGAGCAUCUCUGUUCUCGAUAUGUUGGGAGUGUAAAGCUAUUAUAUACAGACUACAACGAUUCAGAAAACAGGUACAGCUCGCACAGAAACAGUUGUCGGAGGUGAUUGAUGGAAGGAAUCUUAGACCAAACCACAUUCAGUGUGACAUAUGUAAGGCGUAUGUGAAACAAAAGAGUUUUAAGCACCACAGACAGAGCCACUAUACAAAACAUGUAUGUGAUAUUUGUCAGUUUGUCGCAUAUAAAAUUGAUAGAAUGAAUACACAUUUGAAGAAAAAUCAUGGUGUGGAUGUUGAGUACAAAAAGGUGAAAAGAAAACCAAAUGAAUGUAAGACACCGGAUAAAGAGACGGUGGGGUGUCUAUGUACAGAAUGUAAUAAAUGGUUUGAGGUACAUUCUACGCCAUUGCCCAGAGAGCAGUGUCCCACAUGUGGCAAACUCAUUCGUCAAGACCUAAUGAAGGCCCACGCUAACACACACACACACAGACAGACACACGUGUGUGUGGCGUGUGAUAAAAGCUUCAUAUCAAGAGCAUCAUACGAGAAUCAUCUCAAAUAUGCUAAAACACACGCAGUUGGAGAUAUUUUGAAAUUCAAAUGUCCUGAAUGCAAAAAAGGCUAUAGAUCUACCGGCGAGUUACGAGAUCACGUGAACUAUCAACACAUGGGAAAGACGCUACACAAAUGUCCUAUAUGUAGUAAGGCCCUAGCGACACGUAGGUGUAUAACCCGCCACGUCAAGAGAGCGCAUCACGGGAUCAAAGAGAAUGACAAGGACAAGAUAUGUCAGACGUGCGGCAAGACGUUCAGGGACAAGAAGUGUCUUCGAGAACACGAACUCAUCCAUACAGGUGAGAGGCCGCUUUCUUGUGAUAUUUGUGGUCGUACGUUCAGACAAAGCGCGUCAUUAUACACACACAGACGGAGAGUUCAUAAUAUAGUGGCCACUCAAAGAAUCGUGGUACAUGAGGAAGGUUUGGAGAAAUAG